AGAGCGGGUGCUGUAACGGUGGUUGUCUGCUCCACACCCUCCUCCCCAGUCCCUUCCCGGUCGGUCCCCUCUCUGACGCAACUCAGACCCCACUUCUGGGAGUCUGUCAUUCUCCCGCGGUCGGAGGGCAGAACCUAGUGUACUUGGGAGUAGCGUGCCCUCUCCUGUCGCGGGAUGCGAAGGGAGUGCGCUUCUGGGUCCCCUAGUCCCUGGGAGCCGGGCUCCCGCCGCCCCUGGGCCCGCGCUGCGCUCCCGCCCCUGCCCACCCCCAGCCGCGCUGUCAGUCUCCAUUAGCGCUAACAGGCUCCAGACCGAGCGGGCCGGGCGCUGGGUUAAUGCAAUCGGCGCGUUACCUGGGGCGCAGGCUACAUUACCAGUCCGGCCCCCGCUCGGCGAGGCCAGAACCAGCCAGCCCGCGCCCCGCCGGCCAUCCUGCGCCUCCAGCGCUUCCCCAGCCGCGCCCGAGCGCCACGCGGCGGAGCCCAACCCCAGGCCGCGCCCCAGAGCCCGCCGAGGCGCGGCGGGUCGGGGGCAGGCAGGGCGCGCGGCACCCGGGACCCCCUCUUCUCCGGACACACGCUCGGUGUACCAGGACCACUGAAGUCGCUCUAACCAACCGCACCCAUGCUCCUGGCGCGGAUGAACCCGCAGGUGCAGCCCGAGAACAGCCGGGAGGACCUGGGGCCGGAGCAGCCCCUGCGGGCGCGCAAAACCGCGGAGCUGCUGGUGGUGAAGGAGCGCAACGGAGUCCAGUGCCUCCUGGCGCCCCGCGGCGGCGACGCGCCGCCCAGGGAGACCUGGGGCAAGAAGAUCGACUUCCUGCUGUCCGUGGUCGGCUUUGCGGUGGACCUGGCCAACGUGUGGCGCUUCCCUUACCUCUGCUACAAGAACGGUGGCGGUGCCUUCCUGAUCCCCUACACCCUGUUCCUCAUCAUCGCAGGGAUGCCCCUGUUCUACAUGGAGCUGGCUCUGGGACAGUACAACCGGGAGGGAGCAGCCACCGUGUGGAAGAUCUGUCCCUUCUUCAAAGGAGUCGGCUACGCGGUAAUCCUGAUCGCCCUCUACGUGGGCUUCUACUACAAUGUCAUCAUCGCCUGGUCACUCUACUACCUCUUCUCCUCGUUCACCCUCAACCUGCCCUGGACUAACUGUGGCCACGCCUGGAACAGCCCCAACUGCACCGACCCCAAGCUGCUCAACGCCUCGGUGCUGGGCAACCACACCAAGUACUCCAAGUACAAGUUCACGCCGGCAGCAGAGUUUUAUGAGCGUGGUGUCCUGCAUCUCCAUGAGAGCAAUGGGAUUCACGACAUCGGCCUUCCCCAGUGGCAGCUGCUGCUCUGUCUGAUGGUUGUCAUCAUCGUCUUGUACUUUAGCCUCUGGAAAGGAGUGAAGACAUCGGGAAAGGUGGUGUGGAUCACAGCCACGCUGCCUUACCUGGUGCUGUUCGUGCUCCUGGUUCACGGCAUCACGCUGCCUGGCGCCUCCAACGGCAUCAACGCCUACCUGCACAUUGACUUCUACCGCCUAAAAGAGGCCACGGUGUGGAUCGAUGCUGCAACUCAGAUAUUUUUUUCCUUGGGGGCUGGAUUCGGAGUCUUGAUUGCAUUUGCCAGUUACAACAAAUUUGACAACAACUGUUACAGGGAUGCCCUGCUGACCAGCAGCAUCAACUGUAUCACCAGCUUUGUCUCUGGGUUUGCCAUCUUCUCCAUCCUUGGUUACAUGGCCCAUGAGCACAAGGUCAACAUCGAGGAUGUGGCCACUGAAGGAGCUGGCUUAGUGUUCAUCCUGUACCCAGAAGCCAUCUCUACUCUGUCUGGAUCUACAUUCUGGGCUGUUGUGUUUUUCAUCAUGCUCCUGGCCCUGGGCCUUGACAGCUCAAUGGGAGGCAUGGAGGCUGUCAUCACGGGCCUGGCCGACGACUUCCAGGUCCUCAAGCGACACCGGAAGCUCUUCACCUUUGCAGUCACCUUCGGCACCUUCCUCCUGGCCCUGUUUUGCAUAACCAAGGGUGGAAUUUAUGUGCUGACUCUACUGGACACCUUCGCGGCGGGCACCUCCAUCCUGUUUGCUGUCCUCAUGGAAGCCAUUGGCGUCUCCUGGUUCUAUGGUGUGGACAGGUUCAGCAACGACAUCCAGGAGAUGAUGGGGUUCAAGCCAGGCCUGUACUGGAGACUGUGCUGGAAGUUCGUCAGCCCUGCCUUCCUCCUGUUUGUGGUGGUCGUCAGCAUCGUCAACUUCAAGCCGCUCACCUAUGAUGACUACAUCUUCCCCCUCUGGGCCAACUGGGUCGGGUGGGGCAUCGCCCUGUCCUCCAUGGUUCUGGUACCUGUCUACGUCAUCUACAAGUUCAUCAGCACACAGGGCUCCCUUUGGGAGAGACUGGCCUAUGGCAUCACGCCAGAGAACGAGCACCACCUGGUGGCACAAAGGGACGUCAGGCAGUUCCAGCUGCAGCACUGGUUGGCCAUCUGAACUUGGCCUGAGGAGGAGGAACCUGCCGACGUCCAGGUCAGAGGCA